AUGAAAACUCCAAAAAUGAUGACAGCGAUCGAUUCUAGCAAACAGCAUGUAGAAGAAAAAAAGAAAUAUUGGUUAAAAAAAAAAAAAUUCCACCUGAAUGGCUUUUACAAAGAUGACACCUCUGCAACAAUGACAGCAACAAAGAGUUUACUCCACAGUGAUUUCAAAAUGAUGACACCAACGACGCAAAUAUGCCAAGAAAAAAUGAAGAUUUCUAAUAACACACCUUCUUUAUAUAUAUUUAUGGCUGGAACAAAUAGGAUGACUAAUGGGACUGCUAAUGGGACUGCUAAUAGGACUGGACUCUAG